AUGUCGGCACUGGAUGAUGACGGAGAAAUGGAUGAUGGUACGAGUGAUGAAACCGAUGAAGAUAGUUCAGAGGACGAAGACGCUGGCAAGUCGACGUAUGAAAAGAGAGAGAAGAAAUUGAAGAAAAUGCGGGAUGAAGUGGAAGCCAAGAUGAGCAAAAAGGCCAAGGAAGAACGAGAAUCCGAAGCCAAACGACUCGAAUUGCUGGCCGAAGCGGACGAUGAAGAUGGUCCUUCCUUAUUGAGACGAAAACGAGCAGACAGUGAUGAAAUGGACAAACCCAAGACGGAUCUGUUGGCCCAUCUCACGGCUCGCGCCACUCCACCACACGACUUUUCCGCUCGAUUCAAAACGACAAUGUCCGGUCAGCGACUCUUUCCACCCCCCGAUCUCGUCAGUUGGGCGCCUUCCAAAGAUGCCUGUAGUCCCGACGAUGGAGCACUCACGCUGGAACUCGAAAAAUUCAAUGUCACACAGGCAAACAAUGGCAUGGGCAACAACACCAUUCUAAUCAAAUGCAUGGCACCGGAAGAUUCCAGGCGAUUCAGUAUCAACAUUGCCGGCCCAGAUCACGACGAUUUUCACUCGGUCCUCUUUCAUUUCAAUCCACGACAACGCCAACGUGGUGGCCAGCUGGUAUUGAACAACAAACAAGAAGGAAUUUGGGGCACGGCCGUCAAUGUCCCGCUCAACCGAGUUCCACUCAUGUUUGGACAACCGGCAUUUACUCUGAUUAUUCAAAUCAAUGGAGAAGGAUUUGAUGUCUUUGUCAAUGACGAAAAGAGUCACAUUGCAAGAUUGGAACAUCGGAGGGCAUUGCCCACUGGAAACAUGUCCUUGUUUUUGAACUUUCCUGCCACCGAUGAUUACAACAAACCGGAGAACUGGGUAGUGUACAAGGUUUGGUGGGGCAACAAACCUCCUCUCGCCAGGCCCGAUCUCGUGGGGCUUCCUGGAUUCAAGAGCUUUAGCUCGUUGCACCCGAGAAAACUCUUUAUUAGCAAACUGAAAAAGGUUCGAAAGGAUACCGACGUGGACAUGCGACGGGCCGAAUUCGAACGAGCGUUUCGCAAAUACGGAGGUGCUCGAGGUGUCACUGUCAUUGUGCCAAAGAAUCAAACGUUUUGCUUUGUCGAGUUUGAUUCCGAGCGAAUGGCCGACUUGGCACUGGAGGAAAUGUCCUCGCAGUACAAGAUUAACCGGGCGCGACGCACCAAGCACGAAGCCUUGGAAGACGAACGGGUGGCAAACCAAAAGAAAAAGGAGCACAAGAGUAAAAGUGGAUGGGAUUAG